GUGUAGUCCUCAAUGAAAUACUUGUUUUAUUCGAAGUGUUGAAAGAAGCCCUGACUCGAUCAACCCCCGAAGAUAUCUUGCGCCUGUGGUUGUUAGCACCGAGAACUUCUCUUUCGUCGCCCACUUGUCGCCCCUGGUCGGUUUACUUCUGUAUUUUCCGCUGUUGCCGCGAUAAGUACGAUAACUACGGGACUAUCUGACGAUUGACUUCCUUGCUCUCUAAGGGCGGGUUAGAAUUUCUCCGCACGACGAGCACGACCUGCAGGAGGUCAAAUAGAUCCACGUAGCGGAUCACUACUUCGUUGAUUGUUCCUCUCCGGUGUGCUGCCAGCAGGUGGAUCUUCACCAUGGGCUCUCAAAUAAAUCCAGACCACUUGGUUAAAAAUACAAACACCGAAAAUAUUACCCCGCAAAAUCUUCAAUCUGACCACCAGUCUCAACAACCUGGUGCCGCACCAGAAGCACGGGCGACAUCAUCUCCCAGAGCAGUCCUCGGGAAUGCAGCUCCAGAUGCUGCGCAGGAAGAUGAAGAGCAAGACGCUGUCGUUGCUCAACAGUCCCCUGAUGCUGAGCAGCCUCCCAAAAACUCGACGACCGAGAAGUCUCAGUGUUGUGUCAGUGAAGACCAACAUGAAGAGAAUAAGGAGGGUGAAAACAACCAGGACUCGAGUAUUAACUCCGGGAUCGAUAACGUGACGACGGCAACUACUGCAGAACGAGACCCGCACUUGCUUGCAGCCGAAGCCGGCGGGGAAGCUACACAAAUAGAAAUAGCCGGUACCGCCCCCUCCUCCGCGGACCCGUCUCUUAACACGAGUCCUGAGCGAUCGGCAAUUUCCUGGUCAGAGCCGCCCGCGGCGGCGGAAAUCCUAUUUGCGAACAAAGCGGCGAACGAGGUUGCGGCUGGAGAGAGGGAAGAAUCGAGGACGUUGCUGACUACAGACGAGUCUGCAUCGCACAAAUUAUUUCCAAACUGCGUAACUACCAAUGACACAGCACCUAAAGUCUCAACAUUUUCCCCGGGGAGCGUUAACGUGGAAGAUGCAAAUAAUGCUGAGGCUUUGCCUUCAGAGGACUUUGUUUUGACUUCGGGAGCUGCGGAGGUAAUCUUUUUGGAAAUUUUUUGUGUGACAAUGAUGAUAAAGAACUGUUUUGUAUUCCACCAUCGACAUGUUUUGCGCUUCUUUUUGGCACAGUGCGCACCAGAGCUUCAUCUCCAGUCGCCAGGCUGUAGGUUCAUUUGGGCGCCGACAGAAAUAUAACCCGGCAGCGCCUGGUGGAGACACCGUUGUGCGGUCGUCCAGCCAGGAAGAAUCGAAGAUCUCCUGCUGAUGCUGAUGCAGUGAAAAAUAGUUGCAGUCGACUGAUGUUGAAGGUGGUCGUGCAAGAAAAGGGGUAGCAGUACCCCAAAUGGAAAAAAUGGAUGAUGAACAACAACCAGUACUAAUCGAAUAAUCUUCUUUCCUGUCAUUUUCUCUGAAGGUCGCUCUGGCUCCUGCUGGAUCUACUGCGAUUGGCAAUGGAGCUUGCCAUGCUCCGUGCCCUUGCCCUUCGGAGAAGACGACGGGUUUGGAGACUUCUGCGAGCAGCGGGCAAGAACGCGAUGAACAGGUGUCGUGUGCGGACGAGGUACCUGGACAGCGGACCAGUUCUUGUGAAGUCGCCACGGAAACAAGUUGCAGCAAGGCGGUGCAAGAUGUGGAAAAUUUGCCGUCUGGAACCUGGACCGCAGACACGCCACUGCAGCCGACAUGGUCGUCUACGGAGGAGCCCAUGGCGUCCUGUAGUACUAGCGGUGAACAAGAAGCUGAAGCCGCAGCCGAC